AGUGUAACGGUAUGGAUAAGCUUAGGCUAAUCCGUCAAUCUAUGAUUAUAUUUACUUGGGAGGUCUUAUGAAGGAAUUGGAUGGGAUAAGAUUCGAUUGUGUCAUCCAAGAAAUUUGUAUAGUUGCACUUUCAAGACCCGAAUAUGCUAUCCACAUCAUCGAAGAAAUCUUAUUGACCGCAGCAAAAACCUUUUGAAUCUUUUGACCAAAGAGUUCACAAGGAGCUAAGCCUAUACAAAAAAUUUCCCCCACCUACUCUAUAAGAAGGAAGUUUCUCUCGAUCAAAAACUGAACCAUCUCUACUGUCUAUACUCCAUACCAAUCUACAUUUUUUAUAUGCAUAACACAAUGGACUUGCUAUGGGCCGAGAAGAACUCCACCGGCAGCCAAGUUCAGCUGCCGGAAAGCCCAAGAGGGCCCAUGGAAUUUCUCUCAAGAUCAUGGAGCGCCUCAGCCUUGCAAGUGUCCAAGGCAUUAGCUCCUUUAACUCCAUUAAUGUCACUACAAAAAAAUGCAGCAUCGGCUAGCAAUGCUCAUCUUGCCAUGCCAGAAAAUAUUUCCGGGGAAGAAGAGGAAUCUGCCAAGCUUUCGGGAAACACAUUCUCUUUUGCUUCUUCGACAACUUCUCAACUAGUCCUCGAACGCAUCAUGUCUCAAUCGGAAAUAUCACCACUAACAUCUGGAAGACUGUCUCAUAGCAGUGGGCCUCUGAAUGGCUGUUUGACAGAAGAAACAGACAGCCCUCCAAUUUCUCCAUCUGAGGAGUUUGAGGAUGUUGUUAAGUAUUUACGUGUAAACAACACAAUACAACCCCUAUUCACCGGAACGCAGAGUGGCUAUAGUGGCGCCGCAGCUGGUGGCCCUAGCACUCCUCGCUCGAAGACAGUCGGAAGGUGGUUAAAGGAAAAGGGAGAGAAGAAGAAAGAAGAGAUGAGGGCCCAAAAUGCUCAGCUCCAAGCGGCUGUUUCAAUAGCCGGGGUGGCUGCAGCAGUGGCUGCAAUAGCAGCAGCCACCGCAAAUGCAUCUUCCAAAGGUAAGGAUAAGCAGAUGGCCAAAACCGAUAUGGCUGUGGCUUCAGCCGCUAGUUUGUUGGCUGCGCAAUGCGUGGAGGCUGCAGAAGCUAUGGGAGCCGAUUACAAAAACCUCAUGUCGGCCAUUAGCUCUGCUGUCAAUGUCCGUAAGCACGGCGAUAUAUCAACACUUACUGCUGCUGCAGCCUCAGCGCUGCGUGGAGUAGCUACCUUGAAGGCAAGAGCCCUGAAGGAAGUGUGGAAUGUUGCAGCAGUUAUUCCUGUAGACAGAGGACUUUCCUUGGGCAAGACACAUGAUAGCAGCAGUAACAAUUCUGAGGAAUUAGUUCCUGAAGAGAAUUUUCUGGCUGCUUGCAAUGAAGAACUACUUGCUCGUGGUAGCGAACUUCUCAAAAGAACGCGAACAGGCGAUCUACACUGGAAAGUUGUAUCCAUAUAUAUUCAUCGAACUGGAAAUGUGAUGCUGAAGAUGAAAAGCAAAUACGCAGCAACUACGAUAACUAAGAAAAAGAAGAAUGUGGUGUUGGAGGUUUGUAAAGACUUACCGGCAUGGCCUGGGAGGCACUUGUUCGAGGAUGGAGAGCAGAGACGGUAUUUUGGACUGAAGACACAAAUGCGUGGCAUUGUUGAGUUUGAAUGCAAGAAUCAAAGAGAAUACGAGAUGUGGACACAAGGCGUUUUGAGGCUUCUUUCUAUUGUUGCUGAAAGAAAAAGAAAGCAUCAGAAAUAGCAAAAUGCAUCGGGUUCUACCUCACAAAAACCUGUACUACAAUGCCAGAUAUCAAAUUACACGAUUUCAUGUAGUAUUUGGUUCAGAUUCAGAUACUGAUUUGCUUUUGCUCUCGUUUCGUGUAAUGCUAGGUAUCAACGUAGAUUGCUAAGAAAUUCCAUGUGUGUGAUCUCAUUUCUUUGAUUAUUCCACGGGAAUAAGAUCGAAUGAGAUUGAAUAUAAUGUACGAUCUAUUACAUGAAUUAAUUUUCGAAACAA